AUGGCUUUUGAUGAGGACAACAUCAGACCAUGGGGGCUCUUUCUCCAGGAUAUAGCUAAAGAGGUUAAAAAUGAGGAGUUUAGAGAAAUCAAGCUCAUCCUUGGAAACAAGCUUACUGCAAGAGACCGGGAUUCGAUCAGUGAACCAGUCGAUUUGUUAGAACUGUUGGAGGAUAAAGGACUGAUUAGCGAAGAUGAUACAGCUUUAUUACGAGAGUUGUUCAGAAAGGCAGAAUAUACUGAACUUAUCCCAAGGCUCAACGAGUAUGAAGCCAAUAGGAAGAAGUACUUGGAGAAGGUCAGCAUGUUGGCCGGCAGGCGUGAUCCUCUGUUCGUUGGGCGUGACUCCUACAUUAGAACCAUCUUGGACUUCUUCAAGGAGGCGCGGCAUCCAGGGGUGCGGUGUGUCUGCCUCUGGGGGAUGGCAGGGACUGGUAAGACCAAGCUAGGGGCGGAAACAUGCACCAUCUAUGCUGAAAUGUGGGACAACCCUAAACCAAGACUAGUGUUGGUAGACCUGAACAAGAAGGAUUCCAUUGCUGAUGUUGGCAUGGCGUUUUUGAGUUCCGUAGGAAAACCAGUCGAAGCAAACGCGUUCAAACUCCAUCUCGUCUACGAUUGGAUAAGAUCAUGCAGAGAAGAAUAUAUCUUCCUGUUUGACAACGCUGACGACCUGCUGAAGCCGACCUCACUGGCCAAAGACCAUUUCCAGAACAUGCUGAAACAAACUCUGGAGUGGCAACAAAACUCCAAUAUUAAGAUCAUCAUCACAUCAAGGUAUGCAGGGAAGUUUCCUCACCUGGACAACCAUCCAAACUUCAAGGAGAUAGAAGUGCAAUCCCUAGAGAUGGAGGAAGCUGUUCAGCUCCUCUUCAAGUCGGUCCAGCAAGAUCCCCGUGGUAACUUACCGGUCAAAGGUCAGCAGCUGAUUACCAAGGAGCAGGCCGUGAGGCUGGCAGAGCACUGUGGCAAUAACCCUCAUGCGCUACAAGCCGUUGCAAGCCAGCUUAGAUCAGGGAAGGACCCGGAGGCAGUGCUCCAGCUUCUCGCCAACCCGAUGAAGAUGGAACUGGUCCUCAAUGAUCAGAGUCUGUGGGGUCUUGGCCCGGAUACUACUCAAGAGUCUGGCAGGGAAUCCAAUCAGGUCCUCAAGUGCCUUGGUGUGAUGUUUGAAGACAUGAACCCUAACCUCAAGCUGCACCUCAUUCGUCUGGCCGUCUUCCCUGGCCUCUUUAGUCAAACCUGGGGUCUGAAAAUCCUUUCCGACGUGGACCAAGAAGGCUCCCGCCGCCAGUCCCAGUCCAAAACGCUGGAGUUUGAGCUCGAUGACGUGGCAGACACGAGUUUACUUCUCCGAGAGUCUCUGGAUAUCUUUCAGUCUGUGGGUAGGAGAGAUGCGAGGGCAAAAGAGAAGUUCUACUCCAUGCACCCCCUGGUGAGAUGCCUGUGUUUGAUGAAGGUGGAGGCAGAUGAGAAAAUGAAGAGGGCCUUUCACUCCGGUCUCCUUUCCUUCAUCGAUGAAUGCUUUCAGAUACUCAGGCAAUUUACUGCCUAUGAUGACGAGGAUGCCUGCGGAAGUUUACAGCGUCUUGAGAAGGAGAAGGCCAACAUCACUCAGUACCUGGAGCUUGAGAUGCAUAAGACCUUCAGCGGGAAACCUCACCCCCUCACCAAGUACCUCCCGGAGUACCAACAGGUCCUUCGUCGAUCCAACAUGGCCAGGGAGAGCGACAUCCUGACGUUCAUGGAUCGGUUAAUGUUCACCAAGGAGAGAUCUAAAUUCUUUGUCCAAAGGGCGGAAGCUGCGAAGAUAUCUGGCGACAUGCCUGGAUGGGUCAACCAUCAGGGGUGGUACGCCGAUCAGGAGCUGCAGCUUCACAGAUACCAUGAAGCUGAGACUGCAAUCGCCAAUCCUCUCUCCUACUGUGAGACUCAGGUUGCAAUGACCCCUGACCUCAGGGAAGGUUACAGUCAGUGUCUAUAUGUCAAAGGUAAUCUAUUAGUCCAAAAAAACCAGGCUACGAGCCACAUACAGAACAAGAGGAGGGAGGAAGGUAUCAAGGUUCUCAAGGAGUGCAUCCAGGUGAGGGACCAUCACCUUGGAAACAGCCUCGUCAGGGCACGCAGUAUCAACGCUCUCGGUUCAGCAUACUUCAAAGGUAAGAAGUACGAAGAAGCCUUAGAGCAGCACAAGUUGGCCUUGGAGUUGCUAAAGACUGUUACCCAGAACCACCCAGAAAUGCAUCCAGACUUCUCUUUCUAUCUGAUGAAUAUUGGUACCUGCUACCAUGAGCUGGGCUACAGCUAUAGCCAGUCUAUCACCCAGAAGGAGAAGGGAAGGAGGUACUUUGAGCAAGCCAUCCGCACCUACAAAAACGGCCAGGAGGCCCUUCGCGGGAUUGGCCUGGACGAAACCUCCAUCAUGGGCACCAUGCUGAAGAACUUGGCCAUGACGUACUGCGAGAUGGAGGACUACAAGACAGCCCUGUAUUACGCGGACCGGGCCACCGGUAUAAGGGUCAAGACCCUAGGAGACGAUCAUCCUGAUGUCGCCAGGGCACACUACUUUGUGGGCUCCCUCUACAUGUCGCUUGGCGACAAAGAGAGAAAGGCUGGCAAUAAUAUUUUUGAUAUUGAGGAGUACAAGAAAGCAAGGGAGUGUUUUGACAGAGCCCUCAUCGUCGAGUUCAACGUUGGGUAUGAACAACGCAGUGAGGAUUAUAGUGACCUCAAGGAGGACAUCGAGAGGCUAUUCAACAUCCUCGAUAAGAAGAGGGAAUGGCAACAAUACAGCCUCCAGUUCAAGGUCCAGACUCUCAUCCAUGAUUAUGUCCGGUGUCCCACAACAGCCUCAUUACAUCAUCUACUAGAAGCACUUUGUUCUAAACCAGACCUGACUGACAUGACACUGACUAUCAGGGAUCUCAAUGAGGAGUUCUACUCUACAUUGAAAGCAAAAGCAUCAUCCAUAAAGGUCCAGACUCUCAAGCUUCAUUAUGUCCAGCGUCCCACACCAGCCUCAUCACAGCACUUAGCAGAGGCACUUUGUUCCAUGCCAAACCUGACUGACCUGACAUUUGAAAGUGAUCUCAAUGAGGAGUUCUACUCUACGUUGAAGGCAAAUGCAUCGUCCAUACAGGUAUGUGUCCUAAUGUAA